GUGCAAAGAAUAAGACUAACAGCAGCAGAAAGCGUACCACACUUGGUACUAUUGCGGUACCUUCGUUGUGUUUACAAAGAUGGCGCCGAAAUUUUCUUAAAUUGUGCGGUGUCAAAUACAACUUUGUGAUUAAAUUACAUCACGGGCAUAGUGGUUCGGGUAAGAGAGCUAAAAAUACAAAACGGGUAACUGGGUUUAAAACCGACGUAAAUUAAGCUGUUAAUCAAAAAAGAAUUUAUGAAAUAUCACAUAAACAAGUGGUCAUGUUCGAAACAGACUUCAUAUGUAAAUGUAUCAAGUUUCCAAUCUUCACAACGACUGCGUGAAAUUAGAACACCAAGGGAGGGACUAUUAUCUAUUACGAAAAUUUACUUCAAGUGUGAAAAGGUUCCUUGAGAGCUUAACAGCUUUUCAGAAAAAUAAAUUUGCGUGCCAAAUUGUCGAGUAGUGCCAACCGGUCUUCUCUAUGACUGCGUGCAUUUUUGAACACAUUGACUUGUAGAAGAUGUCGGGACGAAAAACAAAUAGCCCUGAGGAGCCGUGCUCAUCGCGAAGCCCCGAGCCCGAUGCACCCGUGGCAGUGGCAAAACCAAGUCGUCGUGACGAACGCUAUGAAAAAUCGGACUUUGUCGUGCAGUGGGAUCCUCAAGAAGGAUUGAUGCCCCAAAUUCUUAGCCUUAUAUCUUCACCACGAAAGGAAAGCAAGAAGAAAAAAAAUAAUAUACUUAUUGUUGGUUCAAGUCGAGAAUGUGUUUCUUGUGGUGAGUGUGGGGAUGUUGUGUGCUGCUCACGGUGCAAUUCUUGCUUUCAUACCUUAUGCCACAAUCCCCCUCUUGAUGAUGACCAUUUGCCAGUGGCCAAAUGGACCUGCUUUAAUUGUACAUCGACUGCGGCAGCUGUAGCUUUGGGACCGGCAGCCGAGGUUGAGCCAGAAGACGAACUCGAUUGCGAAGAACAUGAAGAUUCCGAUCGUCCCUUGCUAAGUCGAGCAUUUAAAAUGCUGCUCAAAGCGGUCGAGAAGGAUAAUUCGGAGGAAUUUCAACUAAGUAAAGAAGUAUCGCUGCCAUACGUGUUUUCAGGGUGCGGCAAACCGACAAAAAAACGGUUACGAGAAAUGAAGCUGGCCCGCCUCGACCGUGGUCUUGUACCUGCACCGGUAAGAACGUGCUUUGGCUGUGAUCGAUCGUCGCGCGCUGGCCCACUCAUCCAAUGUGAUUACUGUCCACUGAUGUUCCACGCUGACUGUCUCGAUCCCCCGCUAACAAUGAUGCCCCUAUCGCGGUGGAUGUGCCCAAACCAUCCGCAUCAUGCGGUCGACGACAAGAUGACGUCAGAUCGACAUUCGGAACGGGUGAGGUUAUGGGACGAGUAUUGUUGUCAGUCUGUUACCGAGCAAAAGGUCAUGCUGGACUUUUUCCAUAAAAAUUCACGAAAGGAUCCACCAUUCAACAAGAAGCGUCGAAUAGAACCUGAUGUAAUUCGGGUCGCUAUACCUCCCCACAUCAAGUCGAUGUAUCGGGCCGCACGGAAACGUCGUGAGCAGCACGAUUGGUUAGGUGGGGUUAUUUCUAUGAAUUCGCGGAUUUUUGAUUUAGAGCAUGUAACAGUGGAUGACCUAGGGGAGACAACGGUGCGGUUAUUGGCUGCCCGAAUGAUCGAGCAGAUGAGACAACAGAAAAAAGCUGAACCAGUUGUUGACAAGGUGCAACCUCGGGCAUUCAUUACGCCUGGUUUAGGCUCAAGCGGCCCACAGCUCUGUGUGACGGAAAACCAUCUAACACUAGGGAUGUGUAACAGCGCCGAUGUCAACCUUGAAUACUAUGGAGACUGCAAGUAUGCUUCUGCACGACAUGCCGUUAUAUUCUACGAUGAAGUAACGGAAUGCUUUGAGCUAGUCAACUACAGUGAAUAUGGAACACAUGUGGAUGGCGUACUCUAUAACCACGACGUGCAGCAUAUACUUAAGGAGAAUCAAUCAGUUACCGACAACAUCAAAGCUCUUGUUAAAGAGAAAAAGAAAAUUAAGGAGAAAAGGCUUCCGAUGAAGCGAGGACGUAAAUCGAAGGCAGAAAAGGCAGCGCUUGCGGCUGCAGCUGCAGCAGCCGCAGCUGCCCAGGCCAUUGGCAGCGAUGUUGAAGAGGUCGACCUUACCGGAUGGACUGACGAGAAGGAAGCCAAAGAACAAGCCAUCAAAGCUGAACGAGAUGCCAAACGACUCGAGGGUAAAAAUGAAAUUAUAGUAAAAACGGAAACCAUUGAUUCGGAAGAUACGUUAUCGGCGGCCGGGGCUAGUACACCUGUUGUGCCGAAAUCCGAAACGUCUGACGGACCCGAUCUGCCGAAUGGCGAAGUGAACGGAGAGAACGGAAUCACUACAAAUGGCUGUACCAUUAAGAAAGAAAAGGACGAACCGGAUGAGGAGUUAUUGGGUAAUAUAAACGGUCUACCAAGGGCAUGCAUCUGCGAACAGAACAACCUCAUGGGAAAGAUUUUGCCAGCAGAAGGUUUUGAAGGCAGCGCCAUUCUCCACAAUGGCAGUGUAUUAAAGGUUGGCUGCAUUGUGCUGUUAUUCAACAUCGUAGAAUGAGGAAUUAUUCUUCAACUAACUAAUCUCUUGAAAUUGAAAAUCGUUUUUUUUUUCAUGUUUUUCUUUCGACGGUCGCUUUUUGGGGGAUCGUCGAUUCUGUUAAAAACAGGUCGUCGCGUACGAACCGACAAAUAGUUCUUCAAUGAAAUGUCAUCCUUGUACAUAUCGCUUUAGUACGGUUUAUAUAGUGUAGAGAGGAAAUGGUUGAUUGUAUAUGUAACGCGUCCAUUCAUGUAUCUGGUGCCCGAAGUGCAUUGUGUAAAUAUUGAAAAAUAAAA